AUGACCCUUCUGGAAAUGGCCAACAUCACAUACGGUUUCUCCGGCGCUGGCCCUUGUUCCGGUGUGAGUGGUAGCAUUCCACGUUUGGGCUACCCGGGAAUGUGCUUCCAGGACGCUGGACAAGGUGUUCGCGGACAGGACGGUGUCAAUGCCUACCCUGCUGGUCUUCACGUUGGUGCCAGCUGGAAUCGUGAAUUGGCUCUCGAACGUGGACAGUAUCUCGGUGCCGAAUUCAACCGCAAAGGUGUCAGCGUGGCCUUGGGUCCUAUGGUUGGCCCUCUCGGUCGUGUUGCCACUGGUGGACGGCUAUGGGAAGGCUUCGCGUCCGACCCAUACCUCUCCGGUCAGCUGGUGAUUCCCACCAUUCAAGGCAUGCAAGAAAAUGUUGUGGCCUGUGUGAAGCAUUUGGUUGCGAACGAGCAGGAGACCAACAGGUCGACAUCGUUGACCCACCCAGGUGGUCAAGCUGUAUCCUCCAACUUGGAUGACAAAACCUUGCACGAGCUCUACUUGUGGCCCUUUGACGACGCUGUUGAAGCUGGCGUUGGCAUUGUCAUGUGCAGCUACAACCGUGUCAACCAGACAUACGCCUGUGAGAACGAACAUCUUCAAAAGGAAAUUCUCAAGGGCGAACUCGGUUUCAGAGGUUUCAUCCUAUCAGACUGGAAUGCUCAGCACAACGGUCUCUUGUCCGCCACCUCCGGUCUUGAUGUCGUCAUGCCCACCUCCUCCCUGUGGGACAAUGGCCAACUUGCUGGUUAUGUCACGAAUGGCUCGCUCCCACGAGCUGAUCUCGAAGACAAGGCUCUUCGUAUCCUCGCCACCUGGUACAAAUUUGGCCUGGAUACCAACUCCACAGCAGCAGCGCUUGGUGCCGGUCAAGUCAGCCCGCUCACCACACCCCACGAGUUUGUCAACGCAAGGGACCCGGCGUCAGCACCUAGCAUUUAUAAGCAGGCUCAGGAAGGCCACGUCCUCGUCAAGAAUGUCAAUAACGCUCUUCCGCUCAAGAAACCGCGUGUCCUGUCCAUCUUUGGCCAAGAUGCUUUCCCACAGACUACCGCAACCCCAAUUCUUUUCGCUGGAUUGGAUCUUUUCAGCUACAAUUUCCAGUCUCUGAUUCCGGUCAUCUUACAAGCAUAUGCGUAUGGUACUGCGACUCCUGGCACCCUCAACGGUACUUUGACUGUCGGAGGUGGCAGCGGUGGUAACACAGCGCCCUACAUCAGCACACCUUGGGAUGCCAUCCAACAAAGGACCAUCGAGGAUGGCACCCAACUUUUCUGGGACGCCAGCGGCUCUACUGAGCCAGAGGUCGUCGGUUACAAUGACGCGUGUCUUGUCUUCCUCAAUGCUUUUGCUAGUGAGGGCUGGGACCGCCUCGAUGGUCUUACCGACCCUGCUGGUGAUGCUCUCGUUUUGCACGUCGCGAGCAAGUGCAAGAACACUAUGGUCUUCAUUCACAACGCUGGUGCUCGUCUCGUCGAUGCUUGGGUGGACCACCCUAACGUCACAGCUGUCAUGUUUGCCCACGUUCCCGGUCAAGAUUCUGGUCGUGCCAUUGCAUCUUUGAUCUACGGUGAUGUCUCGCCUUCUGGACGCCUUCCCUACACCGUCGCCAAGAAUCAAUCCGACUAUGGUAGCCUUCUCUUCCCUGUUAUCGGCGCGCCUGACAACUUCGACCCACAAUCCAACUUCACUGAAGGCGUCGAGAUUGACUACCGUUCUUUCCUCGCUCGCGACGUCACCCCGAGAUACGCUUUUGGAUACGGACUGACCUACUCGACUUUCUCAUACUCUAACCUCACCGUCGAGGCUAACGGCGCCCUGGAGCACAGCCAUGCGCUCACCGACAAUGUCAUGCGAGUUACAGCAUCCAUCACCAACACUGGCAAGGUCACCGCUGCCGAGGUUCCUCAGCUUUACUUGAGCAUUCCCGGUGCUUCGACUAAAGUCCUCCGUGGUUUCACCAAGACUUCUCUCUGCGCCAACGUUACUGCAGAGGUUGAGUUCCUCCUCCGCCGGAAGGAUUUGUCCCAGUGGGACGUUACCACGCAGAAAUGGUUCGUCCCCAGCGGUGAUUUCACCGUUGAGAUCUCCAAGUCAGUCCUGGAUGUCCAGCUGACGGCGACCUUCACUCUUUAA